CCGUAUCAUUACGCUAUACAUGUGGUUAUGUUAUAAGAUCGUUUGAGAAAAAGUAUCAAUCAUUGUACCGCAUGCAUGGAUAAACUUAAUAUAACAGUAUACCAUUGGUGGAUAUUCGUUGACAAUACAUUUAGAUACCUCAUAUAUGUAUGAUUUUUGAUAACGAUUUGGGUUCUGUAACGAGUUUUUAGAUUAAAAAACAAAAAUAAACUUAUUUCAGUGAAUGGAUAUGAAACGGACCUGGACAAUACCUAAUUGUUCUCAAGCUUUGAUUUUGUGUUUUACAACCAUACACGUGAUAGCAUAUUGUUUAAAGCGAUUCAUAGCCAAAAGGAUAUACGAAAUUCAAAGUCCUUUUUAUGAGACUAUGCAUACGAAACAAAACAAGGAUGUCAAAGGGAACUUACUGAGUGAUUUGCUAGUCUUUGUUCUUAACUGACAAUUUGUAUAUCUUUGCAGGUCUGAAUAAUUGAAAGUAAAAUCAAAUAUAAAAGCAUUUGUAAUGAAACAAGAAUAAAAGCAAGAACAGGCUGUGAUAGUAUACAUCGAGUUAUAUAACUCUUUUCAGACUGCAUACGGGGUCGGAUAUGAGGUGGACGUGGUCUCGGCUACCUACCCUGGCUGUGGUGCUGCUUGUAUGUGUGGUGCUGCGCAUGUCCAUCCGUUUGUCAACCGACCACCAGCCGGCCUCCAUGUUAAACCAGAGGUGGUUUGAAAGUCUCCGUCACUUGUCCGCGAAUACAACUCGUACAGAUCGACAAACUGCGAAAGACAUUGUAAAUGGUAGAAAAUUUCCUAAAGUACUCCGUACAGCUGGGCGACGAGUAUUUGAAGUUAAUUGUGAAGCUGUCCUAAGGGGAGAUCUUGAAGAGAUUACAAAAGGCAGGGAACUUAUGGAGAAAGACGGGUUUGUGCGUGGAAGCAAUAUAUCAGAGACUUCAUAUAUCAAACUAACGAUGGACUGUGAAAAGUUCAAAGAUGACCAAGGUUACAGAAGCUAUAUUCUCUCAGCGGAAGAGGAGAGGUUUCCAGUGGCAUACAGCAUAUUGCUUUACAAAGAGGUAGAACAAGCAGAACGGCUAAUGCGUGCACUCUACACGUCACGGAACGUGUUCUGUCUGCACGUGGACAUGGAUGCGCGGCCGGAGGUUCACCAGGCCGUCCAGGGCAUAGCUGACUGCUUUCCAAACGUGUUUGUAGUCUCCCGGAAGGAAUACGUGGUAUACGCCGGCUUCACCCGCCUCCAAGCGGAUAUCAACUGUAUGCAGGAUCUCAUGCAGAGAAACAAUGAUUGGCAAUAUUUUAUUAACGUUCCUAGUCAGCAGUUCCCGAUCAAAACGAACAAAGAGAUAGUGCAAAUUUUACAAAUAUACAACGGUUCUAAUGAUAUAGAAGGUCUUACAGGCAAUAGACGACUAGAGCAUAGAUUCAAAUUUAGAUACAUUUAUAAACGAGUUACAAAAAAACAAAUAAAACCGAACAUAUAUAAGACAAACUACCAGCUGGUGGAUCCACCGUCAAAUGUGACGAUUGUCAAGGGAAGCGCAUACGGCGUGUUCAGCCGGGCGUUUGUGGAAUGGAUGCUCCAUAGCAAGGCGGCUCGAGAGCUACUGGACUGGAUGCGAGACGUGCACAGCCCGGACGAGUACUACUGGGCAACUUUGCAGUACAACCAGAACCUCCAGGCUCCGGGCUCGCACUACUCAGGUAGGCCUGAUGAUAAGCCUUGGUUGGCUGUACAUGCAGCUUGGGGCGGAGUGGACCCGUGUAAAGGCAAAUAUGUGCGAGGCGUGUGCGUGUUUGGGCUCGGGGACCUCGCGGCGCUCGUGCACAAGAGACACUUGUUCGUCAACAAGUUUCAUUUGGAGUACCAGCCGCUUGCGCUCGAGUGCCUGGAGGAGUGGCUUCACAAUCGGACUGCGGAACCAGCCCACCAACCGCUCAACCUUACAUACUACCGCAAACUACCAUUUAUCAACACCGGCCGCGCAUCUUGAUUUUCCCUGUUUGUAUGUAUGGAAUAUCAAAUAAUAUAUAUAUAUAAUAGCGAUAACUACACUUGUUCUGUAGUUCAGUAUGGGGAAGAUUAUCUCCCAUGGCAUAAUAAUGUCUGUAGCUUUUCGCAUAAAUAUUCUUGUUUGUAAUAAUCUCAUCUAUACCCAAGAAUAUUUACACUUGUUGUUGUAUAUGAUCCGGUGAAAUGUUCAUCACUACCAAGAUCUUUGUGAAUACUAAAAAAUGUAAAAGUUGGUAAAUACCUUUUCGUUUUGCUUUUGCAAAUUAUAUAGUAUUGUUUUUAUUCUAGCAAUAAUAUACGCAAAAUUCUCCACUUUGUAAUGACCUUUAAAGCAAAUCAUUGAUUGAUUUUUUUUUUCAAUUUUCAGAUAUAUUUUAGUCAAUGAUGUAAAUAGCUUUAUGAUAUUUUAA